AUGGCCAGCUUCGUGAGACUCCUGGUGUCGGAAGCCGAGCGGAUGGUGUCACGAUUCUUCAAGUCGGAGCAUGCGGAAGAAGCCCCCAGUUUCUUCUUGGAGGCGCCGCGGACGGAGAAACUGCUGGAGCGAGGAGCGGUGGGGGGGUUGAGGUACGGCCUUGGCUCGAUGCAGGGCUGGCGGGCCCACAUGGAAGAUGCCCACACCAUCCGGCCUCAGCUGCCCGACAGCCUGGCCAACUGGGCUUUCUUUGCGGUGUACGACGGGCACGCGGGCAGCACCGUGGCACACUUCUGUGCCAAGCACUUGCUGGAGCAUGUGCUGGCGGCCGAGGCCUUGUCAGGGCAAGAGGAGGACCCCGAGGCAGUGAAGGAGGCCCUGCGGGAGGCCUUCUUAGCUCUGGACAAGCGCAUGCAGUCCCUGUCCCAGGCCGAAGACUGGGAGCAUGCGGGUUCGACCGCCGUGGCCGUGCUGGUCUCACCCCGUCGUUUAUACUUUGUCAACCUGGGAGACUCGCGGGCCCUCCUGUGCCGCUCGGCCACCGUCGCCUUCUACACGGAGGACCACAAGCCCACAAAGCCCAGGGAACGGGAGCGCAUCCAGAACGCCGGCGGCACCGUAACGCUGCAGCGGGUCAACGGGUCCUUGGCGGUCUCUCGCGCCCUGGGCGACUUUGACUACAAGGCCGUGGCCUGGUGCAGUGCCACUGAGCAGCUGGUGUCACCCGAGCCGGAGAUCUACGAGGUGGUGCGCUGCCCGGACGAGGACGAGUUCCUGGUGCUGGCCUGCGAUGGCGUCUGGGAUGCCUUUGACAACGCGGGGCUGUGUGCGUUUGUGCGCUCCCGCCUGUGCCUCUCUGACGACCCCCGGGACGUGUGUGAGUGUGUGCUGGAUGCCUGCCUCUACAAGGGAAGCCGCGACAACAUGACUUGCAUCGUGGUGUGUUUCCCAGCUGCCCCGGGUGUCUCCCAGGAGGCCUUGCAGAAGGAGUGUGAGCUGGACACUUACCUGGAGAAGAGGGUGGCAGAGGUUUAUGAGGAGCUACUGCAGCAGGAAGAUGGCCCCAACCUUGUUGCUUUAUUCCAUCGCCUGGCCACAGAGGUGAACCCGAGCCUUCCUCCAGGGGGAGGUCUGGCUAGCAAGAGAGCUGUGAUCAUGGCUGCCUACGAGCGUGUGAAGCAGAGGCACGACGAGCCACAGCUGCCGGCCCCCAGUGUGAAUACGGACUCAAGUUGAACAAUGCCAUGACUCUUGGACAACAGCUCCGGUG